GUACUCCAACAAAAUGUUUCUGUACUUUUUUAUCAACGUGCCCAUUGAACAAUGGGUCCCCUUUGCUGGUUCAUAGGUUUACAGUGAACAAAUACGCUCGCAACUUGAUUAAUUUUCCCUUAGCUUCCAGUUCACCCUAAAUUUGUGCUCUACGUGGCACGAAGUAGGCAAGGUUUUCACUUCCCGGGUGCAAGGAAGGUUGGAUUGUUCCCCGUAUAGACCUCAAGUAUUCUUCUGUAGUAUCUCAUGGCUGUUAUUCAUGCCCAAUAAUCACUGCUCUUCUUUUCAUAUACCAAUUUAGGAUUUUGGAUGUGUGUUGGGUUUAAUACGUGCUUGAAAUUCAUCAGAAUGGGUGGAAAAUCAAGUAAAUUUAGCUUCUUCAGGAAGCCAACAGCUCCUUCAAAAAUUGAAAAGAAGAUGGUUGAGGCUCUGAGGAAGAGAGCAGCAUCUGAAGGAAGCACCGUGAAAUCAUUCAAUAGCAUCAUCAUGCGAUUUCAUAAAAUUGACGAGAGCUUCGAAAAAGUAAGGGACGUGUUUCAGAAAUUUGAUAAAGAUUCCAAUGGAACGAUAGAUGUACAAGAAUUGAAAGACUGCUUCCAUGAGCUCCAAGUUUCAUUCACAGAUGAGGAAAUAACAGAAUUCCAUCACAUAUGCGAUAUGGAUGAAAGUAAAGGAAUUGAGUUCAAUGAGUUUAUUGUUGUACUUUCUCUUGUCUAUCUCCUGGAGGAGCCUGAUAAUCCUAAUUCUAAAUCACGAAUUGGGCUGCCAGAUCUCGAGGCCACUUUUGAUACCAUUGUUGAUACAUUUGUAUUUUUUGACAAAGAUGGUGAUGGUUAUGUUAGUAAAACUGAAAUUCUUAAUGCUAUUAAUGAAGCUCCUCCGGGAGGAAAAGCUGCAGACCGGAUUGGCACAAGAAGAUUUGAAGAAAUGGACUUUGAUAAAAAUGGAAUGAUUACAUUCAAAGAGUUCCUAUUUGUAUUUACACAUUGGGUUGGAGUCAACGAUGAUGAUGACGAACAGUAAGUUCAACUGGGGGCAUAGAUUUGCUUUUGCUUGUUCAAGAUAUCUAACAAGGUUCUUAGUCCACGUGUUUCAAACAAGAGAAGCAUUAUAUUUGGUGGUGUACAAAAAACUUGCAAGACCCAUUGAGAGCAAUAUUGAGUUAAUUUCCAUCCAUUAUCAUGUUGUUCUUUUUGGCAUCUUAAAAGGCUUUAUAGGCAUGGAUACUAUAUGCAAAACUGUAUCAUUGAUCCUUUUGCAUGUGUGAAUUUCUGUGAGAAACUCUAGAAGCAUUGUUUUCCAUCUUAUAUCGAUUGGGACCACCCUCUCCAAAGAGAUUUUCUGUACUUUCCUGAUGGAAUCUUAUUGAGAAACAUGACCAGUCUCUGAUGUACUGAACCUGAACAUAAUUCUAGAGAACAAGUUCAAUUGUUAGGUUUGUCCCAUUUAGAUAUCAAAACUGUAAAGGUGUAUAUAUGAAAAAAAUGAAACCCUUAUAUUUGUGUAUUUA